AUGGAGAUAGAAGCUCCAAAGGACAAAGUCGUACAACUCGAUCAAGACGAGUUUGCCUAUGUAGAUGCUGACAAGGGAAGAGUCACACAAUAUUGUGCUGGCUCUGAUGACGACAAGAUACCAGCUACAGAAAAUUCACGACGCUCCGAAAAAAGUCACGGCGUCUGUCUCACGGUUCCGCCGCGUGAUCUCCCGCGAGUCAUGCGCCACAAGAACAUGAUACCGAUGUUGCUCAAGUUUUUCCCGGCUGGAGCUUCGACGCGAACUUUGGCACAUUAUGGGCAAACUUGCUCUUCGAAGCGAUUCCGACAAUUCGAUUACGGUGACCCGAAAGAAAAUGCGCUGAUAUACGGAAGUGAAGAACCUCCUGAAUAUGACCUGAAACGCGUUCAGACAUCCGUAGCACUUUUUCACGGUGGACUUGAUCUUUUCAGUCCGAAAGAGGUUGACGUAGACUGGUUGAAAAGGCGAUUGCCAAAAGUGGUGAAUGCAGAGUUUUUGCCGAAUUUCGGACACUUGGAUUUCCACUGGGGACUGAAAAUGUAUUUCAUCCUGGAAUUCUGGGUAUGGGACUUCUGGAAACUCCUGGAAGCGCGUUUUCUAGAAAUGAUUGAAUCGGAGAAAAUUUAUCCAGUCGAUAACGUCGAACAUCGCAUCGAGGUUCUGAAAGCAUCCAGUAGCUGA